UCCUCAGAAGCUUGAAGAUCCUCCAAACACCAACCAAUCAUUCCUGAAAUUUUUGUAGUUGGGUCAUCCCAGGGGCAGCAGAAGGAGCCUUGGACUUCAGGCCUGAAGACUCUGACUUCUGGGUCUGGGUCUGCCAGAUUCACUGGGUCACUUUGGAGAGUCAGUGGCCAGGUAACCCACUUCAAGUUCUGGGAUUCUGGGCUGCUGUCUCGGAUCUGAUUCAUUGCCACUGUGACCUCGGAAUAAUUGCCCUGCCUGGCAGAAAUUGGAGAUGGGGAUGACCCUGGGAUGAGGCAGCGACAGCUAUCUGAGGGUCUCAAACUUUGGGCUUCCUUUGUUCCAGGUUGCACAUUAAACUUACCCUGCUACUUUGAACUCAAAAGAGAAUGGCCACCUACGAUUACAACAUCACUGACAACUACUAUGACUAUGAAGGCGAUGGGUUCGUCAUAGCUACCGAAGAGUCAAGCCCCAACGAUGAUGGGGUGGCCAGGAUCUUCCUGGUGGUGGUCUACAGUUUAGUUUGUUUUUUGGGACUUUUGGGGAAUGGCCUGGUUAUUGUGGUCACUGCCUUUAAGAUGAAAAAAACGGUCAACACCGUCUGGUUUCUCAACUUAGCCGUGGCAGACUUUUUAUUCAACGUCUUCCUCCCGAUUCACAUCGUCAAUGCCGCCAUGGACUACCACUGGGUUUUUGGGAAGGUCAUGUGCAAGAUCAGCCACUUUGUGGUGAUCUACAACAUGUAUACCAGCGUCUUCCUGCUGACUACCAUCAGUUUUGACCGCUGUGUCUCUGUCGUCUUCCCGGUGUGGUCCCAGAAUCAUCGCAGCAUCCGGCUAGCUUCCAUUGCGUGUACAGCUAUCUGGACCCUAGCCUUCUUUUUGGGCUCCCCAUUCUUGGUUUUUCGGGACACAACUGUGCACCAGGGUAAGAUUCUCUGCUUCAAUAACUUUAGCCUGUCGGCCAAUGUCUCCCACCCUCACCACCUGCAUUUGGCCCAGGACUCAGUGGCAUAUAUGAGGCAUGUGAUGGUGACUAUCACACGGUUCCUGUGUGGUUUUGUCCUCCCUGUGUUCAUCAUCACGGUGUGCUAUCUCAUCAUUGUCUGCAAACUGAAGCGGAACAGGUUGGCCAAAUCCAAGAAGCCAUUUAAAAUCAUUGUGACCAUCAUCAUCACCUUUUUCCUCUGCUGGUGUCCUUACCACACCCUAUACCUGCUGGAGCUCCAUCACACCUCCGUGCCAGGCUCUGUGUUCAGUCUGGGGCUGCCCUUGGCCACUGCUCUUGCCAUCUCCAACAGCUGCAUGAACCCCAUUCUGUAUGUCUUCAUGGGCCAGGAUUUCAAGAAAUUCAAGGUGACCAUCUUCUCCAGGCUGGUCAAUGCCUUGAGCGAGGACACUACUGCUCACUCCUCCUACAUGAGUCACAGGAGCAUCACUAAGAUGUCCUCUGUGAAUGAGAGGUCCUCUAUGAACGAGAGGGAGACAGGCAUGCUCUGAACCUCACCUCAUGACCUCCCAUUGUCCACAGAGAUAGGCACCUCCCUUUGACUCAGCCAGGAAUCUUCCAAAGUGCCUAAAGCCAGGGUGAGACUGUAUCUGGCUACCACAUUUCCACCAAGGUUGGUGAGUCAUCGUUAGCUGGUGGCUCAUUAAAUUCGAUGAGAGGAAUAAAAGACAUUUUGAGAUAGGGUCCCAAGGGGGAUGGAAUUAAGCUCUGUGAACACAGGGAAUUGAUUGGACAGCUUUCUACCUUGCCUCUCCUCUCUGUGGCCUGUGAGUUAAUAUAGUGGAUUAAAGAAACUUGUCGCUCUGAUCACGAGCUGGUUUUGGAGACCAUCUUUACAAGAUGGGGAAAGUGAGGCCCAGUGGGGACAUGUACCUGGCCUAAGGUCAUUUGGUGGCAAAACCAGGGUUAGAACUCGGAUCUGUCCAAGUUACUGAUACUGCCUGCCCACGAAUACACUCUGUUUUGGGGAUCGUGAGUUUUCUUUGAACCUUGAAUGAGGAAGGGGCCAAAGAAAAAUGAGGACGAUCUCAGAGAGAAGGCUCUACAAAGCUCAACUGUGCUGUUUGAUCAGGUGUUUUAAAUGAGAUCUUAUUGAGGAUCGUGAUGAGGAGUAGAUUAUAGACGCUUCUCUCUUCAGCGGUGACCCAAGCAUGUUAUCCUCAUCACUGGCCCAUAGUAGGCAACUUAGCCUAUAUUAAAAGGCACCACCCUCCCUCCAUUCUAUUUGGGGAUACUGCUCCCAGUUCACUUGUGACUCAACUCUCUGAACUUCUUUCCUCCCCUCCUCCGCACCUCUCUUGCACUUCCAGUCCCCAGUUCCCUGAUAUGAGUUAUCUUCUUUCUCAUCACCCUCUUCUGGAUCUGUUCCAGCUUAUCUGCGUUUCUUAAAAUGAGAUGCAUGUCUCUCCUAGAACCCCUUCCACGCACCCUGAGUGUAUUAACAAUUUACCUGUGGGGUCUGAGCGUGAGAGCUAGUAUAGCCCCACAUUGCCUCCAAUAACCAUCGCUCACACCCCUGCCGACUGACAUCUCCUUAAAAUAACCCUGCUUUCUUUUUCCCCUGACUCUUUUGGCUUCAUAAAAAUCUCGACUUGGGACUCAGGCAGGUUAGAGAGAGAAAAAGCUGAAAACUUUUGACAAGUGGGAAGGAAAACUGUGCGGAAUAAGCCAGUAAGAAGUGACAGUUGCUCCAGGGAAUGGUUGUUAAACUGGGAGUCAGUCCCUUGAGGAUUAUAGAUUCAGAAUGGCAAGGGACUUCAGAAGCCAUUCAUUCCAACCCUUUCAUUUUACAGAUGAGGAAACUGAGGCACAGGGAAGUGACUUCCCUAAGGUCACACAGCUUCUAAGUAUCAAAGGAGGGAUUUGAGCCCAGAUCCUCUCAUUCCAGAGGAAUUAGUGUCAAACUGCUCCCUUGCUCUUGCCUUGGGCUCAAAAGAUGGUUGUCACCAAUUUAUCCCCAUGUGGAGGGUCAUAUUAUGUGAACUGAUAAAGGCACAAAGUCAAGAGAACAAAAGGAAGCCCCUCCAUCACUUUGGAGGGACCCCUUGUUUUGGAUUGACAAGGAUGGGCGGGCAUAGAUGGGUCGCUAUCUUCAUCAUGGGAGGGACUCCCCAUAUUACUGAGUAUUGGGAUGGUCAUAGUUUGAAAGACUCAGAGACGCCUGAAACUGGAAGAAAAUAUAGAAACUCUCUAAUCCAAUUCCCUUUGUUUCAUGGCGAAGGAAAAAGAGAAGUGAGCUACUCAAGGUUACAUAAUUAGUUAGUAGAUCUGGGAAUCCAACCAAGGUGUUCUGACUCCUAAAUCGCCACCAUAGAAUGUCAGAACGGGAAAGGCCCACGGGGAUCGCCGAGACCACAUUAUAACCAGGGAGAACAAGAAAAUUGUCUACUUUUUAAUAAUAAAUUAUGAUUGCUCAUCAACCCCAAAUUAAUUUUGUAUUGACUUUGCAAUUAGUUUCAAAAACCAUUAGACCCAAUGAAGAAAAUCCAUUUAGGUGACAGUUUCCAUUUUUUAUGCUUGGAGGAAACCAAAGCCUGCGCUCCUUUUACUUUAAGGCAGCAGAGUGUUGUGGGAAAGUGUUCUGGACUAGGGCUCUGGAGAGACCUGGGUUCGAAUCCCAUCUCAGGCAACUGAUUAGCUGUGAGACCCCAGGAAAAUUUUCAUUCUCUGGCGGCCUUGGUUUUCUUCUUGGAAAAAAAAUGAUAAUGACAGGGUGAUUGGGAGGCUCUAGUGAGAGAGAAGGUUGCAGAAUGCUUUGCAGACUUUAAAGAGGGCUAGAAAAAUGUUAGUGGUUAUUCUUACUUCUCAUCUCAUUCCUUGAAGAGAACUCAACACUUUUGGAUGCUGGUGAGCGGGAAUGGGAGGGGCCCUGCCCUGGGAGGCAAAAAACUUGAGCUCUAAUCUUGGCUGGGCUAUGAACAUGGGCAAUUUAAUAAUCCAGUAAACAUUUAGAAAUAAUUUCAAUAAAUUUAGAAAUAAUUUCAAUAAACGAUAAUAAAUAAUUCAAUAAACACUUAUCAAACACCUAUCAUGUACCAGGCCCUGUACUAAGUGUUGGGGAUGCGGAAAAAGAGGCCAAAGGCAGUCCUCCCUGCCCUCGAGGAGUUUACAGUCAAAGUUGCUUCAUCUCUCUGGGCCUCAGUUUCCUCUUCUGCAUGGUGAUGGUGUUGGACUAGAUCCUAAAGUCACAGGAUCAUGGAUUCAGGGCAGGAAGGGCCCCGAUGACCAUCCAGUCUAAUUACCUUAUUUUAAAGUUGGGGAAACUGAGUCCCAGGAAGGUCAGAGGACUUUAAAUCUAGACCUGGAAAGGAGCUCCAACUUCCUUAAUUUUUGAACAAGAAAGCCAAGGCUCACAGGGAAGCGAUUUGACCAAGGUCACUCAGGUGAGAUUUGAACUCUGGGCCUUUGACUUCGGAGCUAGGGCUCCUUCUGCUUUACCAUUUCCUUUCCCUUAGUGAAGUGUCUUGUCUGAGGAAAUCCAGCUGGUAAGUGGCAAAGUUAGGAAUCGAACCCAGGACUGAAUCUGCCUCCAGAUUCAGAUAGAAAGUUUUGGGAGGUUGGUGACUCUGCAGCUGAGGCCCUCAAGAGUUCUCCCUGAGAGGUAGAAUUCCCUAGAGGAUGGAGGGCAGCCAUGACCCUGUCUCCAUCUGACUUCUGUAGGCUCCGGCCUUGUUUAUUUUAGAACAUCCCCCCCCCCAGGAUUUCCAUUUGCCUAAACAUCGGAUCACAAAUGCUUUCUCACUGAAAAGA